GUUACUUACGGAUACCUACUGAUACCGAGCGUCGUGUAGCCGAUGAUCGUUUACUCCUUUGGUGGUGCUCCGUGGUUUUGUGUUUCAUAGAUCAGCCAAGAUGCUUCAACGCCCCCAGCUGCUCCGCCGGCCGCAGCGCCGUGCCGGGGCGGCACAGCCAGGCCUGACGGCUCUGACGGCCUCAUGCACAUCGCCCUUGCACGCCUCGGGCUCCACCAGAGCAGCCUUUCAGGACUCGCCGCCGCCUUCCACCGGCAGCACCACCACCAGCUGCAUCACGGGGCCGCUCAUCACCAUCACGGACGGCAGCUACCACAACACCCACAAUCAUCACAUCAUCUGCCGCGGGGCCGGGCCAGGGGCCGGCCGCUGCACCGUUCCAGCCUCAGCCUUGGCCCGUUGGCCGGGUCAGCGCGGUAGCCGCGGCCGCUGCUGUGUCCUGGCUCGGGUUAGGCGGCGGUGGAGGCAGCGGUGGUGGCUGACAGGGACAGGGCACAAGGGUCGUGGUGAUGGCGGAGACGCCUACAACGGCUGCCCCGUUGGCGACUCCACGGAGUGUGCGCGGGUGACGCCAUGCCCCUAACAAGUGUUCCCCGGUCACUUGCCGCUUAGCUCGGAGACCCGUCCGUUCAACCUCACGCUUGAAAACAAGCACGUGAUGGGAGACAACGGAGGGAGCAAGCCAGCGUCAGGUAGGGCUUGCUGGCUUGCUCGCUCCGUUGUCUCCCAUCGCGUGCUUGUUUUCAAGCGUGAGGUUGACCGGACGGGUCUCCGAGCUAAGCUGCAAGCUUGCGAAAGCGUGCAGCGUGGGACGUGUACAAGAAUCGCCUCACUUGAGAAAACUCAAAAGCUCUGCAUGUUCUGAGCGAGUGAGCGCGGUAUAGAAAUGAGAACGG